AUAGCGAUAAUUCUUUGCAUUUUUCUCGUUCGCGCAAAAGGUCAAACUCGCGUAAUCGGUGUAAAUUGUCAGUUAAUGCCCGUCAUUUACCGUUGCCUCAUAAACAAGCACCAAAGGUCACUUUGCAUAACGGUAAACGUAGCCGGCCAACUGCGACCAAUUUAUCUCUCGAUGGGUUUAUGGUCUAUAGUCUGCGUACCGCAGUUAAACUUGCUCGUACUGUAUCCGGCAAGUACCAACAGUCACUCUUAGAAUACCUUGAGUAUUUAGAGUUUUUGUAUAUACGACGCCGUGACUACGAAGAAAAUGCAGUUUUAAGAUUUGACGAAGAAUUUCGCGAAACGGCAGACCAUGAUGAUUUAAAUCUGUCCGAUUCUCAUGAACGUUCGGCGUUAGGCGAUAAGUACUUCCACGCAAAAACACGGCGGCUGGAUUUAGAUGUUCAUCGCAGAACAUCUAAUAAAAAACGACCGCUUUUUCGUGGAAAUGCCGGCCAACGUGCCGGCACGCAGCGUUUCAAGUACACCUGUUGCCAUAACCGGCAGGAAAACAAGUGCCAUAAUAACGCCUCGUGUAGUUUUGACCAUAUCUGUGGACACUGCGGCGGCGACCAUCAAGGCGCCAGCUGCAACACCACAUCAGGCAGAGGGAGACAGAAUACGCGCUAAUGCGCCUAUCCCAUGUGGUUCUGACAUCUCUCCUCUUUGUUCUCGCUCCUUGCCUAACAUAGUUGUUGAUUCCGAUCUCCAGUCGCGGUGCGCUUUAACAAGGCACAUUAACACCUGGCAGAAGGAAUUAACAGUUAAAUCACCAAGAAAAAUUGUUUGUCCCAACACCAAGCGGGCACAUAAUAGGCAAGAGGCGGAGUCGGCUUUUCUACCCGGGUUCAAAAAUACGGAUAAUCUAGUUAGCUAGCAUAAUCACUGUGCAACAUCACCUAGGUACAAAUCGAGCAAAACUCAUUCGAACAGAACGAUGCUGGAGUGUGUUAAAAUUUAAGUCAUUAGAACAAAGUGUGAUGAUUUUCAAUUUUUAAAAUAUUUCUUAGAUCGAUAUCUUAGAUUCAAUUUGACUUUUUUGCUUGGACUGGGUCGACCCAUUUAUCGUUGCUGAAAGCGUGGACUGCUUGCUGCUUGACUCCUUGUUCUUUCGUAACUCCGACCUGUCUUUGACAUGCAUGAAGAAUUAGAGAACCUCUUUUCCUCCGUUGGAUUAAAUUCGCCAACGUGGUUAGGAAAUAUCGUGGACAGUGUACAGCGGGAGCGUCUGACUGCCAAGAGUGCCAGGCACUCAGUCUAUCGGCAGAUAUGGACGAAAAUCAAGAAUUCCAAACGUGUGGCGCUGCCAAAAUCGGUUGUCUAUCCAAAGGAACUCGUUCAGUGUAUGAAUGCGAUUUUUCCUGGAGAAGAACAUCACAAAGACGUUUCAUGGAUUACUCCGGCAUGUAUUACGGGCAGCAGGCCUACCCCACCACAGGAUAUCAGCACACUCCUUUCGUCGUGGCGCAGCAACCCUGGCAACAGCCAUACAUUUACCAGCACCCAUACUAAAAGCUCAAGGAAACUGGCGGAGCACCUGCUUUGAGCGGUAUGUCCAUCAAGACCUUGACUUGCGCCUCACCUUCGCCAAAUCCUUCGGCCACGCCAUUGAUGGAUUCCAUCCUUCACGGAUCUCUUAAUCUCCUGACACUCAUGGUUUGGUUUGUUUUUUUUUUCUUUUGUCGUUUUUUGUUUGUUCUUUUGUUGUUGCUCUGUUUGCGGGUUUGGGGCUUCCUUGUUUGAUGAUGUAAUUAAUG